ACUAACUGUUCUCAACGUUUCCCCAAGCAUGUUCAUGGGAACAAGUAAGCUAGCUUGAAGUUCCACCAAGUUGGAAUUUAAAUGAACUAGUUUGUCACUCAUUUUUGAACAAUUAAUUGCAACAAUUUAGUUUUUCUGAUUUGUGCAGUGCACUGUUUUGAUAUUUAGUGGAACGCUUCAUAUUUAUGUCGAGGGAUUAAAGUUGUUUGGUUUUAAGAACGUUAGCUAAUGUUAGCUUUUGGGUAACGUUAGUUAAGCUAGCUCGCUGCUGUUACAACAUCAGAAUCAGCUUUAUUUGCCAGUAUGGAAGAAGAGGGGGACAGUAACCUGUGCGUUGACACUGACUCGGACACAGCAGAGAAGAAGGAUGGUACCAAGUGUAAAGUCAAAUGGACUCAGGAAGAGGAUGAGAAUCUCAAAAUCCUGAUCAACAACUUUGGAAAAAAAGAUUGGAAAACCAUUUCCAGUUUUUUACCGGGACGUACAGAAUUCCAGUGUAUGCACCGUUGGAAAAAGCACCUGGAUCCUGAUUUAGUCAAGGGCUUCUGGUCCAAAGAGGAAGAUGAAAAGAUAGUAGAGCUGGUGGGCAAGUACGGCACCAAACACUGGAGUUUGGUGGCCAGGCAUCUAAAGGGGCGGCUUGGAAAACAAUGUCGUGAGCGCUGGCACAAUCACCUCGACCCACUGAUCAAAAAGAGCUCCUGGACCAAUGAGGAAGACCUCAUCAUCUACAAAGCCCACUCCAUUCUAGGAAACCGGUGGGCUGAGAUUGCCAAACUGAUCCCUGGAAGGACAGAUAAUGCUGUGAAAAAUCACUGGAACUCGACCAUCAAGCGUAAAGCAGAGUUGGGCCUAUACAAAGAUGAAGCGGACAGCAUUACCCUUGAUAUUGAGCAAUUUGUGGAAGGAGAGGUAGACUUCAAAUGUGAUGUUGUAUUGGACACUGAACCAGUAACUCCUAAACUGGUCAGGCCAGUGAAAGAGAAGCUGAAAGAGCGUCAGGAAGCCAAGCAGAAGACUGUUCUGCUUUCAAAGCCAUUAGCAUCCAGGAGAGAAUUCUCCUCCCCCAGUCCAUCCUUGCCCCCCAGUUCGAGUUCCAGUCCCAGCUCCAGCUCAGGCACCGCACCAGCAGCCGCACCGGUGGACCAGAAAAAGUUCACAGAAGCAGCGCUGAGGAUGAUCGCUGAAGACAUGCUGCCACUCAGUUUUGUUGAAGGCGCAGGCUUCAGGUCAUUCAUGAGCACCAUCAGACCUGAAUACAACAAGCUGUCUCAGCGUGUAAUGGGCCUACAUCUCUAUGAUAACGUGGAGAGAACUAUCAAGCCUCAGCUCAUCCGUGAUCUUAAAGCCUGCCUUGCCAAAACCAAAGAUGGUGAAGGCUCUAUCCAUGUGACCUAUGACCUCUGGGCAGGGAGUCCAUCCCAUCCAGUGGAUGAGCCCAUCGUAGUUGUGCAGCUCCACUUUGUCAGUGAUUCCUGGCAGAUCCGCCGUCCCAUCGUGGCCUUCCGUCACCUCAGCCACAAAGACCUGACCACUCUUGUGGCCAGGGAGCUUGAAGGUGUGCUGCUGAGCUUUGGCAUCUUUCCUUGCAACAUUGGGUACAUCCUUGCCAACCAGGCGAAAGAAGCCCUGGCUGGGAACAACUUGUUCUGCGACUACAAGAUCAUGUGCUCAUCCAACAGGGGAGAACCGGAUGGAGAUGAGAUAGUGGCAUUUUUGUCAGACCAGAUGUCUGAAACAGAGUCCCCCUUUUCAGAGCUGCAGAUUGGGACCAGGACCAGCUGUGUGGCCAAAACAUUGCAGCUGGUAAUAAGGGAGGCACUGAAGAACUCUAGGGUUGUGGAAAACCUGCUCUCGCAGGUCCAUAAUGUGGUGGCUUUCUUUAGGAGCAGCGCCUACUGGAGUGAGGUUUUGUUGAAGGAGUGCAACGUGUCCUUGUGCCCAUCAUCCAGUAACUGUCGCUGGAACUCAAUGAUGCUAUCUUUACGCCGUAUGGUGCAGGAGUCCGCCUGGAGCGCCAUUAUGACUCUCUUAGCCCAGGCUCGCAUAGAGGCUAAUGACACUGCCAGUGUUCCGCCUCUGGUCAUGGUCAAGAGGGAGCAAGUGAUUGACAUCCUGGGUCUCCUUGAGCCCUUUGGGGAGGCAUUGCAGGUUCUGCAAGGAACCGGAGUGACCAUCUCUUUCAUCAUACCUUGCCUCAUUGGCCUUGAUAAGACCAUGGAGAGCGUUGUUACCAACUAUACCCACUUCAGCAAGGCCCUGCGCACAGGCCUCCACACACACUUCCAGUCCCUGAUUCACCAGAAGGACGUGAUACUGGCUGCUGUGCUCGACCCUAGAAUCAAACUGCAGCCGUUUUCUGAUGCCAAACUGGAGGAACAGACAGGUUUCUUAACGCCUUUGUCGAAGUACCAGGCUCGCACCAUUGUGGAAGCCGCACUGGGAAGCCAAGAGGCCUCAGCAUCUCCCUCUGUAGAGGCAGAUGAAGAACAGUCAAGCAAGGAGUUGAAAGAGAAGCAGAAUGGUGAAGAGGAGAGCCAAGCCAACAUGCUGAUGGAGGCAUCUGGUGGCAGCUCAGACGACAACUGUGACAGAGUCGGCGAAAACGACCUCAAGCGCAAGUCCAUCUUUAACUUCCUCCAGCCACCUGCAAAGACCAUGAAGACGUCAGAGCUUGAUGUGUACCUAUCAGAACCGCUGUGGGAAAGCAACUCGAGCAUGUUGUACUGGAAAUCUGCUACUCGGUUCUCCCAGCUCCAGGGCAUCGCCAAGAAGCUGCUGGCAGUACCGGCCACCUCAGGGGGCUUCGACCGCUUGUGUCCGAUGGCAGCGUGUAUUGUACGAGCCAAGAGGAACCGCCUGCCCCCUCACACCACAGAGAGACUACUUUUGUACAAAAACUCUGUAAAGACGAAGACUGUUAAAAAGCCCAGCGGGGUCACCAAACACUAAUGGGUCAAGUGAAAAUUGGGUCUGGUUAUUCUGUCCUUCACAAAUGCAGAAACUCCCCACCCUUACUAGAGAAUGUGCUUGCACACCCACUGGACACCAACCCCGCCCAAUGAAAUUUCUUAGAACAACUAACUGAAUUUACCAUUGUUUAUGACUUGCAGUAGUAGUCAACAGUAGCAAAAUAUAUUUAAAGUAUAUUGAAAAUGAAGCCAGUGUAUUGAGAAUGUCUUUUGUUGAAAUAAUAAGAUACAGCACAGUGGCAACCCAGCAGGCCACUACUGUAGAACUCAAACUGUAAUUUCUCUGUGGCUAGUGGAUUCAUGACUGCAAGUGUUUAGAGUGAAAGGCAGCAUCUCUUUGCCCUUCACACAAAGUAGCUGAACUGCAUUCUGAAAAUAGUGUAAAAUAAAGAGCAUAAUUCAACGCUUCAAACAUGCCAUCCUAAGUGUGAGUUUAUACGUGUUUAGAAAAUGCAGGCUGGUACAGGAACAGGGGAAUGUGAUGUCGGUCUUGUCGGGUUGAUUCAGCUCAAACUAAAAGGAGUUCUUCUGAAGACCUUGUGCUGCUGCUAGCUUGUCCGUGGCAAAGGAGAAAAUUAAUAAUCGGUCAAAGUCCUUAGGUGUAGAAUUAGAACCUAUUUGACUCUUACUGGUAGUAAAUACAGACAGCAAUGCACAUCUUUAUCUUAAUGCCAUUGAAAUAAAUUGAAAGAUGCUGCAAUCAUAUCUGCAAUAAAACAACUCCACAUCCUCUGAAAUCCACUUGUGUGUCUUGGUGCAGAAAUUGGAUAUGUAGUCUUUGGCAAGUAAAUCAGUGUGUGCAUGCAUUAGGCUAGUCAAUGCUUAAAGCAAAAGGUUUAGUGAGUAAUAUUUUCCAGAGAAACUUGAGGAGUUCCAAUAAAUGCACUGUACAUUUUUGUAAGCUGAGUUUUCCCCUCUUUUUUUUGUAAUUUAUUUGUUUUGUAUCUUGUACACUAAGUGCUGACUGACUUGGUCACUUGGCUGUAAAACUGAAUGAGAGUUCCGCUUUUUUGUGAAAGCCAUGUUACAAGAUUUUCCUUUUCUCUUUUGGUCAGUUAUGCUUUAAAGUUGCCCCAAUGAAUGGUUUUCUCAAGAGCUUUGAUGAUUUAUCAGUUAUUUGCUCUUAGAUGAAUUGUAAUGUCUGAUGGUCAUUCUGCAUCUCAGUUUGGCAUUAUUAGACAGUUAGGCUUUUAAACGAGCUGAAGUUUUAUUGCAGUAUGUAUUGUGGCAAUAAGCACGAGUCCUUUGACCUCUUGGAAAAAUCCAGAGAAUGUUGUUGUAUUAAAGAAUAAAGCUAUUUUUCCUGUA